UCUUAGGGGGGGGGGCGACACGGACUGUAUCCAGCACCAGCACACACCCCUCAGCGCCGGUGAUGCAGCCCCGCGGCAGAGGCACCGACAACUCCCCGGCAGAGUCGUUGCGACUUUAGAAUGGUGCAGAAAUCUCUCAACGGCGGGGUUUACCCAACUCAAGCCGGAGAGAAGAAGCACAAAGUCGGAUUCGUCGGACUGGACCCCGGGGCUCCCGAAUCCAGCAGGGACGGCGCGCUGCUGAUCGCGGGCUCGGAGAGCACAAAGCGGAGCAGCAUCCUCUGCAGACCCAGGUCCAGCAUCUCCCCAGGCAGACCCCGACCGUCGAAGAAAAAUGCCAGCUAUCGGAAACUGCAGAAUUUCCUCUAUAACGCGCUGGAGAGACCGCGGGGAUGGGCGUUCAUCUACCACGCUUAUGUAUUUCUCCUGGUCUUCUCCUGUCUCAUCCUCUCCGUCUUUGCCACCAUCAAAGAGUUCAAAAACAGCUCAGAGAGUGCCUUGUACAUACUGGAAAUUGUGACCAUCGUGGUGUUUGGUGUGGAGUACAUUGUGAGGAUAUGGGCUGCUGGCUGCUGCUGUCGAUACAGAGGAUGGAGUGGGAGGCUGAAAUUUGCCAGAAAGCCUUUCUGUGUCAUAGACAUCAUGGUGCUGAUCGCCUCAGUGUCAGUUCUGGCAGCUGGAUCUCAGGGCAAUGUUUUUGCCACCUCAGCCAUCAGGAGCUUGAGGUUCCUGCAGAUCCUGCGCAUGCUGCGUAUGGAUCGACGAGGAGGCACCUGGAAGCUGCUCGGAUCUGUAGUUUACGCCCACAGCAAGGAGCUCAUCACAGCGUGGUACAUCGGCUUCCUGUGUCUGAUCCUGGCCUCGUUCCUCGUCUACUCAGUGGAGAAGGAGUUAAAUGAUGAGUUUGAGACGUAUGCUGAUGCUCUGUGGUGGGGACUGAUCACUCUCACCACCAUAGGUUAUGGUGAUAAGGUUCCCAAGACCUGGUACGGACGCCUGCUGGCCGCCAUGUUCAGUAUGAUCGGAGUGGCCUUCUUCGCACUUCCUGCUGGCAUCCUGGGCUCUGGCUUUGCCCUAAAAGUCCAGGAGCAGCACAGGCAAAAACAUUUUGAGAAGAGACGCAACCCUGCAGCGAGCCUCGUCCAGGUUCACACGUCCAUCAAACACUGCACCAUAACAUCAGCAUGGAGAGAUUUAUCAGACAGACCAUCUCCUGACAUCUCUCUCUCCUUCCAGGCUGCUUGGAGGUUUUAUGCUACCAACCUGUCCCGUACAGAUCUGCUCUGCACAUGGGAUUUUUAUGAGCAGACUGUAGCUAUUCCAAUGUACAGACUCAUUCCACCUCUGAAUCAGCUGGACCUGCUGAGGAAUCUGAAGGGCAAGUCAUUCAGGAAAGAGUCCCAGGCAGAAAUCUCCCCCAGUAAUGAAAAUGCACACAAAGACAGACUUUGCGGGUGCUGUCCGAGAACCAUUAGUCGGAAGGCCAGCCUGAAAGACAAGGUGUUUCCCAGUCCCUCUAAGGUUUCCAUGGCCAAGGGAAAGGCCCAUUCUCCAGGGGCAGAGGAGGGCGCUGAGGCAAGUCCCAGCAAGGUCUCCAAGAGCUGGAGCUUCACUGAGAAGAACCGAGGGCCCAAGCACAGCUUCAGGGGCCGGGGCAGUGCUUCACGCCAAAACUCAGAGGCAAUUGAAGGUUUAAUAAAGGCGAGCUUCCCAGGAGAGGAAAUGGGUGAUGACAAGAGCUGCCACUGUGAAUUUGCCACCCAGGAAUUACCUCCCGGGUUGAAGGUUGCAAUACGGGCAAUCUGCAUUAUGAAGUUCCUGGUGUCAAAGAGGACGUUUAAAGAGAGCCUGCGCCCUUAUGAUGUCAUGGAUGUGAUCGAGCAGUACUCUGCAGGUCACCUGGACAUGCUUUCUCGCAUUAAAAACCUGCAGUCCAGAGUUGACCAGAUAGUUGGUAAAUAUCCUAAAGCUGACGGAGAUGCUGCCGAGGACCAGAGCAUGAUGGGACGUCUGGUCAAAGUGGAGAAACAGGUGGUGUGUAUGGACAGGAAACUUGAUUUUCUGGUCAAUGUGUAUGUCCAGCGCAUGGGAAUCUCUCGUUCUGAAACAGAGGCCUUUUUCAAUUCCAAAGAGCCGUAUCCAGCUCCGCCGUACCACAGCCCAGAGGAGAACAAGAUGGAGAAGGAGGGAAGAGAGGAGGUGAAUGAAGAAAAGGAGGUGAAAACCUGUUCACCUGCAGAGGUCCCAUGCUCUGAUGGGUCUUCUGAAAAGAAAGAUCCUUUACUGGGUCUGUCUGUGGCCAGGUCAGUGGGUACCCCCUCUGGCAGCAACAGCCGCCCCUCUACCUCUUGGCAGCACCAACUGCAGCAUCCCCUCAGCCAGCCCGCCUGGAACAGCAGCAUGGCCAACACACCUUCACCGGUCGGUGGCGAGCACCCGACCAACCUGUUCCGCCUUCCGCCUCCUCCUGCUCCGGUCCACGACCGCUCGUCAUCCGGCCUGGGUGGUAACAGCAAGGAGAGCUGCUCCCACAGCAGGAGGCGCCACAGGAGGCAGAAGUGUCAGCAGGAUACAAUUGCUGUGGAGAGCGACACGUCUCUCUCCAUCCCGUCCGUUGACCACGAGGAGCUGGAGCGCUCUUUCAGCGGCUUCAGCAUCUCCCAGGCCAAGGAGGACUUCUUUGGGCCUUCUUUCUUCACAGGCUCAGGAGGGGGAGCAGGAGCAGGGACUGAAGCCGGACCUGGACCCUCACUCUGUGCCAGAGUCAGACCCUUCAUAGCCGAGGGUGAAUCAGAUACAGACUCAGACCUCUAUGCUCCCUCACCUCUGUCCUUCACUGGAGAGGUCUCCUGUGGAGAGGGGGGGUGGCCAAGACUGAAGUAGAUUCAUUGUGAACGGGAUCAGUGCUUCAGUUGCCAACAGGAGACCUGUCAUCAGACUGUGCAACCAAAUGAUUGAUGCAGUUACAAACUAUUUAAGGUAGAGUGAAUGGUUCUGAUCGCUCUUUAUUACAGAAGAUGGUAAAGUAUGUUCUUAUAAAAAACAACCGGUUUGUCCUUUAUCACAUUUUUUGUUUGUAAUGUUACACUUUACAAGAAAUGCUUAAUUACAUGUGCAUUGCCUUCUACUGAGUUUUAUUUGUCAGUGAUGGCAGAUACGUGUGUGACUGUGAUGUGUGGUGAUGAUUUAAUUUUACACUGAAUUAGCCAUUGAUUUGAAACGAGAACAUCCCUUUGCUUUCUUUUAGUGGUGAGUGCACUUCUUCUGUUGAACCACUUUAACUUUGAAAACACAGUGGCAAUUAGUAAAGCAAAGAUUGUUAGUCUUAUCAUGUGGUUAGCGUAGUGUCUUGCUAGCUUCUAUACCUUUGAAUGACUUGAGAUGUAUUGAUGAUGCCAAAAUCUUAGCUAUGAUAAUCAAUUAGAUUCCUGCAGAGUAAAAAAAAAAAGAGUGCUUGCUUUUCAGCAUCAUUUAUUCAGCCUAGUGUUUAUUAAAAUAGUAAAGAGAAACUCCCCUCAAAGUAUUGCAGAUACUUCCCCCAUCAGUAAACCACAGAACGUCCUGCAUGGCAUGUUAAACGGUUGAUUUAAGGACUGUGUUUGGAGGCAGGCUGCAAAACCGUGGCAAAAAGUCAGCACAACCACCCACUGAGUGUUGUCCCUCUGUACAGAGCAGUGAAUAAAACAUGGUAUUGUGCAUGCAUGACUGGUUUCAAGCUAGUGUGUUGAUUUUUAGGGAGCUUUACUGGAAUUCCCCUCAUGUGAGAGGCAGCCUGAGCUCGCUACUUUCAAUGGCUCCUCUUUUCUGGGCAAAUUUGAGAAUGAAUGAAUGAAUUAUGUAUGCAUCAAAUGCAGAGGCAGAUGUUUAUUAGCACAGUCUAUAUGUAUAGACAUUAACUUGUGUGAUUUGUGUUGUUAUUACACAACAAUCAGUGCUGAUGUUGGAGUGAGUCACCUAUAAGGGAGAUUUACGCUGUGAUGCAUAUGUCAAUCAUUUGGAUUCAUUGUAGAUGUGUUUGUUCUGCACUAAAUGAGAAAAUGCAAUAAAAAUCGAGCGAGGCAAUCAAGAACCGUCCUUUAAAAACAUCAACAUGGCCUUAUUUUUCAUGACAGAAUCCUUUGUUUUGUAAGUACAAUAAAUUUCUUUGUUAACAUUUCAUUUAUUUUCCAGGUGUUAUAGGUUUGACUGUUUCCUCAGAACAGAAGGUUUAACAAAUUUAACCACAGAUGCCAACAUGAGUCAUAGAAAAUCAUCUUCAGUAUUUGAAAAUUUACUCUAGAAUAUGGAAGUGAUAACAGAAGGAGGAUUUCAGUCAGUGGAAUCUGUUCACACACAAUCUAAAGGUUUUCUGAAAAGAAGAAACAAACCAGCUGGAAUUUUUCCCCCUCCUUCCACUCCUACAUGAAACAGUGGUUCUUAGUUCAGCACCCUCAUGUAACUGCAUUUUCUUCCUCUUCAAUAAUAAAACUUUGUACAUCAUUGAAAAGCA